AUGACAGACAAUGAUCAUGGCAACUUUGAUGCUUUCAGAGACUGUCUGUUCUCACAUGUGGUGGACAAGCUCACUGAUGGAACCGGGAAAGCGUCCACACGUCCCUCCAUAGGCAAAAAAGCCCGACAGAACCAGCCUGAACCACCCAAGCCUGAUCCCUCUGAGCUGGCUGACUUCUCAGAUUAUCUGGCCACUGAUAUCUUCGAGAGUUUGCCGGAGCCAUUCCGGAAACUCUCCUAUCAUGGGCUUCAGAAUGACGAUGUGCACGCAGACAAAUGGUCCCUUCCGUUGACCUUGACCAUCCUUGAAGAGCUCUGUGCUCAUCUUCCAGGAGACAUCAGCGACAGUCUCGUGGCGUACGGGCUGAUCAGACCACCCACGACCGACAUCCAGUCGUUCAUGGCUCCGGUGUUUUCUGGUUACAUUUCUGUGGUGACAACGCCGCCGCCAAAAUGGUCAGAAACAAGGACAAGGUUUUGCGAGAUUUGCGAAAGAGACUGGGUUCCAUUGACCUACCAUCAUCUGAUACCAAAGCAAAUCCAUGCCAAAGUACUCAAGCGAAAUUGGCAUGAAGAACGACUGUUGAACAGCGUGGCAUGGCUGUGUCGAGCCUGCCACAACUUCGUCCAUCAGAUGGCCUCCAACGAAGAGCUUGCCCGAGAAUGGUAUACUGUUGAACUCAUAUGUCAGAGAGACGAUGUCCAGAAGUGGGCCCAAUGGGUCCGACGUGUCCGCUGGAAGAAGACUUGA